CGCAGGUUCUGGUCGUGGGAGAGACCUUCAAGGAGACUGCCAUGAGUCACUGACUGAAUACUUUGACACCGCGUGGUUGUUCAAUUGGCAGGCCAGGGACUACUGGGACCCACCUGUCUUAACUUCCAGAUAGCGUUAGCCAGCAUGCGAUCUGGUGGAGCCCUAACUCUUACAUACAAAUGUACUUGCUAACGUACACCGGCAGACUUGUAAUCUAAGAACCAUUAGGCGGAAUAGUCGAUGUCGGGGUACUUCAAAAUCACAAAUUCCGUGCAACUGAGACAUUCACAAUCUGUCAGGUUCUGUCCUUCUUUAUCACGCAACCGCCAGGUGAUAUGAGAUCUCCGGUAGACGACGAUUGCCCUGAGGGCGGCUGGAAGGCGUGGUCUGUGGUUCUCGGGGCCUGGUGUGCCUUGAUUCCAUCCACGGGAUUGUUGAAUAGCUUGGGGACAUUGCAAGCCUGGACGAGUACGCAUCACCUGAAGGAAUAUUCAGAGUCGAGCAUUGGUUGGAUAUACGGAGCUUAUACUUUCUUUCUGUUUCUGGGAGGCGCCCGGUUUGGUACGAUUCUUGAUUCCCAUGGUCCUCUAUACGUUCUCCUUCCGGGUUCAAUCGGGAUAGUUCUGUCACUGGUCUUUCUGAGCCUGAGUGAAGAAUACUACCAGAUAUUCCUUUCCUUUAGCGUCCUCGGCGGUAUCUCCGCAAGCACCCUCUUCACACCCCCCAUCGCCGCCGUCGGCCACUGGUUCAAUCGCCGGCGCGGCUGGGCCACCGGCGUAGCCUGCACUGCCGGCGGCGUUGGGGGCUCCAUAUUCCCCCUGAUAAUCCUCUUCGCAGCCCCCAAGAUCGGCUUUGCGUGGUCAAUCCGGAUAAUCGCACUCGUCUCUGCAAUCCUGUGCAGCAUCGCCUGUGUGACAGUACGCACCCGCCUCCCGCCUAAGAAAUCAGCCGCGUCUCUAGACUUCAAAGCACUGUCAGAUAUCAAAUACGCAACUGCAUCCCUAGGGGUCUUUCUCGUUGAAUUCGCCGUCUUCGUUCCAAUCACGUAUAUCACCUCCUACGCUCUUGACGCUGGCUUCGAUGAACAAAUGGCGUACGCUGUACUUAUCUCCCUUAACAUUGGUGCAAUCUUCGGUCGUUUCCUCCCCGGCCUGGUAGCAGACCGUCUCGGCCGCUUCAAUGUCAUGACAGUCAACUGCCUCAUGUGCGCCCUCUUCACCCUAAUCCUCUGGCUCUGCGGGGCACUUCUCGACACCUCAAACCUCGGAAUUGUAAUAAGCUAUGCGGUAAUCUUCGGCUUCUUCUCAGGCGCCGCAAUCAGUGUGGCUCCCGUGUGUAUUUCACAGGUAUGCGAUAUCCAGGAUUACGGGAAGAGGGUUGGUACGACAUGGACACUUGUCAGUGUGGGCACGCUCAUUGCGAUUCCAAUUGCGGGUGCAAUUCAGCAGGGCAAUAAUGGGGCUUAUUAUGGGCUUAUUGUGUUUGGGGGUGCGUUGUAUUUUGCCUCGACGGUGGCUUUUGCGGUUUCGAGGGGCAUUUGUAGUGGGUGGGCUUUGGGGACGAGGUUUUGAUUAUUUUCACUGUGAUCUUAGAGGUUUCUAACUAUAUAAAUCUAGAUUAUAGACAUAAAACCUACUGCGG